CUUACUGUAGUGUAAACAACGUCAAACAAGAAUCUUCCAGAUUUUUCUAGUUUUCUACAAUGCAAAUCGUCAAGAUUCAACGAUUUUAAAAUGCAAAAUGUGAACGUAUCCUUCAACAAUCAUCGUUUUGAAGUUGGAAUCUUCCUCCGAUUCUACGCCUCAAGCAAGGAAUAUUGAUUUACCGGUACACCGGUCGCCGUAUUUCUCCGAAGAUCUGUACGGGCACUUGAGCAUUUCUCCUGAGAGAGAUGCCUGCUGGGUUUGGGGAAGUGCCAAGCAGGUCACCCCAACGCCCAUCUUGUUCAAGCGAUAACAAUUCCAACAAUGGUGAUGCUGGAAAUUUUGAGUGCAACAUUUGCUUUGAUUUAGCCCAGGACCCGAUCGUUACUUUGUGCGGUCACCUCUUCUGCUGGCCUUGCCUUUACAAAUGGCUUCACAUUCAUUCUCACUCCCAGGAAUGCCCAGUUUGUAAGGCCCUUAUUGAAGAGGAAAAAUUGGUGCCUCUAUAUGGAAGGGGGAAGAACUCAACAGAUCCAAGGUCAAAAUCAGUUCCUGGUGUCGAGAUUCCAAAUCGGCCAGCAGGCCAGAGACCAGAAACUGCUCCUCCACCAGAUAGGAAUGCGUUUGCUCAACAUGGUCAACAUGGCUUUGGAUUGAUGGGUGGUUUUGGGCCUGCUAUGACUGCGAGUUUUGGGAACUUUACUCUUUCAUUUGGUGGCUUGAUACCAUCAUUUUUCAAUGUUCAGUUGCAUGCGUUUACUGGUCAUCCAAUGUAUGGGAAUGGUGCUGCUCCUGCUUCAGCUCCAGCUCCAGCUCCAGCUCCAGCUCCUGGUUUUUCCUAUGGGAACCAUCAUGCUCAUGGAGCCCCUCAGCAGAGAGCUCACCAGCAUGAAACAGGGUUUUCUGCAGCAUCACCACUCCUAAUAAUUGGUCUGCUUUUUCUCUGGGCUCUAAUUUGGAACUGAGGUAAACUAGCUAUCAGUGCAUAAAUUGCUGAUUGUGGUUAUGAUUUCUCUGCCCUGCUGAUGUGGUUGAUGAUUGAAGACUUGUUUACAUGACGUUCCAUCAGAUUUUUACCAUUCAGAACGAGAAGUAUAUUAUUUGUUUGUUCAUAAACCAGGUGGUAGGAAGGAUAUUGCUGUUAGGAUAUUGUGGUUAUGAUUUCUCUGUCAGAAGGAUAUUGCUGUUAGGCCAAGGAAUGAGAGACCCUGUUUCAUGCUGCUGUUAUGCAACCCCUUGUGAAAUUCUGGAGUCACUGAUUGUUACACUUUUGGUAUUUGUACCUCUGUUUGUAAAGGAGAAUUGUUGCUUUGGAUUGUGAUUAGUAUCGGUUUCAUCUCUUUAAACACCUAUAACGUUUGUAUCUUGUAUGAUAUCCCUGAUUGCAACUUGAACCCAUUAUUUCUAUGGGAUUGGUUUUGUUUUACCU